AUGGGUAAUUGUAACAACACAAAACAAUCCUCUUCCUCAUCGUCCGCAAACAGACAACAAAACAAAUUAAAUGUACAGGGACAUGGUGAAAUUACGGAAACAAAAGUGACUUAUAAAAUUUUGAUUCUCGGCGAUGCAGGUGUCGGAAAAACAUCCUUGGCAAUCAAGUGGGUGGAUGGAUCAUUCCAAGAAAAUUAUAUUGCAACCAUUGGUGUGGAUUUCAAAAAGAAAGAUGUAGUGAUUGAUAAUCAACUGAUAAAGUUACAGAUAUGGGAUACUGCUGGCCAAGAGAGAUACAAUACCAUUCAAGCAACAUAUUAUCGUGGAUGUGCAGGUAUUAUCGUUGUUUAUGAUAUAACUGAUGCAGAUUCAUUCCAAAAUGUGCAGAAAUGGAUUGGAAACAUUGAAAAGAAUACGUCUCCAAAUGAUGACAUUACAAUACUGUUGGUUGGAAAUAAGGCAGAUUUGGAGGAUGAAAGAAUGGUGAAAACUGAGGAUGCCAACAAUUUUUGUAAAAAUACAUCCUGCGUUGUUGACAAAGUGUUUGAAGUGAGUGCAAAGUCAGGACUCAACGUAAACAAUGCAUUCAUGGCCCUCGUGGAAGCAAUUCACAACAAGAAAAAAAAGAAAUAA